AGGCUUACAUAGCAUCUGCAAAAGCAUAAUUUCAAAUGUCGUCUCGGACUCUUUUCUCUUUUUGGUUUUGUUUUUUUUCCCUCAGUCACGCGGAGGAAACACCAAGAAGCCCCAUUUCCUCUCCAAAAGAUAUACAUUUUCCCGAGAAACAAACACCAUUCUUGAGUUGGCUCUGAAAGCUGGAAAACAAAACCUGAGCGCUUCCAGCGGUUACAGAUACAGGAUCGCUCGCCGAAGCCCCACUUCUACUCUCUCUCUCUCUCUCUCUUUCUCUAUCGCCAUUAACAAAAGCAUUUUUCAUCAUCCUCGGUGCUUGAGCAGGUUUUUUUUUUUUCUUCCUUUGUGCAGAGGCUACGUUUUCAGUAUAAAUGGGCAGAGGAAGGAAGACGGAGACUAUCAAUGUGAACGGAAAAGAAAAAGGUGAAAGAAAGUGGACUUGGAAUUGUAGUGUAACGGCUAGGAAUUUGAGGAAAAGUGACCUUGCUGGUGUGAUAUUCGGAUGCAAGCACGGAACCAUCAAAGACUGCUUGAAGGAAUACUUAUUUGGAUUACCAGCUCCUCAUAUCUCAUAUGUGAAGAACAUUGAUCCUGGUUUACCACUGUUUUUGUUCAACUACAGUGACAGAAAGCUCCAUGGUAUAUUUGAGGCUGCUAGUCAUGGAAAGCUCAAUAUUAAUCCGAAUGGCUGGACUACUGAUGGUUCAGAUACCCCAUAUCCUGCACAAGUAAGGGUUCGAAUUCGAAUGGAGUGCCAACCCGUGCUAGAGGAUCAUUUUGGUCCAAUAAUUUCCAACAAUUACUAUGCACCAAAGCUUUUCUGGUUUGAACUUGACCGGGAUCAAACAAGCAAAUUAAUCUCCAUGUUUUCGUCUGUACCGAUCACUUCGAUUAAGAAGGGUGUUAAGACACAUUGGUUAAACACAAGUGGUUCUUACCCUAACAAAACUAACACAGAAUGUUGCUCCUCAUGGGAUGCUCCUGGUUUGGGUGAAGAAAAUUGGGUGUCAGAAACUGUGCUUGUUGGUGAUAAUGCGGAAAAGAAUGAGGAUGGGGUUGGACUUGUCGAACCAAACAACUGGCCUUCUUUUGCUGCUGCUGCGGGAGGUGUGCAACCUUAUCAGCAGAGAAAAUGGAGCUCUCUAUUUAAAGAUUCAACCACAUCUGAUGAUCAGAAAGGAAUUGAAGAUAUUACAGCAUUAACUCAGGAGUUAAGUCACCCUUUUGAUGCUCUUGUGGAUGAGGAUGGAGAGGAAGUGAUUGAUGAUGAACAUGCACACUUCAAACCGAGUGAUGAAUGCACGUCAUCUUCAGCCAGUACAAAAGAAAAUAUAUCGAAACAUAGUGAGUGUGAAGACAGUAUGGUGGAUGGGACCAUAUCAGAUAAUAUUUAUUCUCCACAGGCUGCAUUUGCUUUGGAAAUGGAGUUGUCUGGUGGUGUUCAAUCCGUUGUAGCCAAGGUAAUAGACCUGUCAAUCAUCUCUGGAGAAGGAAGUCAUAGAGCUGAUUCUCAUUUGAAACAAGCCAAGAAAAUUUGUUCCAUGCAGAUGGAUCUGGUUGAAUCAAAAUUACAAAUUCGAGCCUUAAAAGACAGGUUGAACCUCCUGGAAUCUGGGUCGAGUGAUGAACAAGAAGAGUUAGAGCUGACUAAUGAACCUGUUAAAAACCUUGAUGACUCAAUACUUAUAACAGGAGGAUUUGACGGUUCUUUGUGGCUUUCAUCUCUGGACUGUUACCAUCCUUCUCGAGAUGUUUUAGAAUCCCUCUGUCCUAUGAAUCUUGUACGUUCACAUGCUUCGGCAGCAAAGCUCAAUGGUGAAAUCUACGUUUUUGGUGGUGUAUACGAUAACUGGUGUUAUGAUAUAGUUGAAUCGUACAAUCCGGUGAAGAAUCUGUGGACUAUUCGUCCUUCUUUGGGUCAAAGAAAGAGGAACUUGGCAGGAAUUUCUUACAAUGACAAAAUUUUUGCAAUUGGUGGAGGAAAUGGAGUUGAAAGCUUGUCGGAGGUAGAAAUGUUUGAUUUGGAUGUUGGAAGGUGGAUACCCAGUCGUUCACUGCUGCAGAAGAGAUUUGCUCCAGCUGCCGCAGAAAUUAAUGGUGCAAUUUACGUUGCUGGAGGAUUUGAUGGACAAUACUGCCUAAAGUCAGUUGAAAGAUUUGACCCCCGAGAGUAUUCAUGGAGGAGACUUCAGAGCAUGUCCACGAUGAGAAGGUGUCAUUCUUUGGCCGUUCUGAAUGAAAAACUAUAUGCUAUUGGGGGCUUUGAUGGAGAGAAAAUGGUCUCGACGGCUGAGGUUUUUGACCCUCGUAAAAGUUCAUGGAUGAUGGAGGAAUCAAUGAGGGAAAGUCGGGGAUAUUCUAAUGCUGUGGUGAUUGGAGAUGCAAUUUAUGUAAUUGGAGGCUUGAGCAAUGGGGAACAAAUUUUAGACACUGUGGAAUGCUACAAGCAGGGUGUUGGAUGGCAUGCAAUUAAUUCUAAAGCUAUUGGGAAAAGAGCUUUCUUCUCAGCCUUGAGUUGAGGACAAACCAGUGUGUCUAUAUGCCUCGGCAAUUUCUCUGGAGGGUUCUCUUUUUUCUCUGUAAAAAUAAUAAAAUAAAAUAAAAGAAUUAAGGUCGUAACGUUAUGGCUACGGCAUUUGUUUUCCAUGAAAAAGAGGGAAAAAAAAAAGAAUUGGAAAACACAAAAAAAGUUACGAUUAUAAGCGUAAUAUGAAAUUCUGCCUUUAUGAGGGGCAGGAUAAUCGAGCUUACAUGAACAUAUUUAUGAAAUUCUGCCUUUAUGAGGGGCAGGAUAAUCGUGCCUACGUGAACAUAUUAGCAGUUCAAUGAGUAACAUAACAAAUUUUUGUCCUUAGAACACAACGAAUUCUUUCUUAUAAUCUAUUAUUCCUCCCAUGCGCACUCAUUUUAACUGACCAGAGAGAUGUCAAAUACAUUUUAACCAACUACUUGAUCCAAAAAGAAUGAAAA